UAAGGAGAGAAAAUUUCCCAGAAGUCCCAGGCACACCUCCCCUUUCUCUCAAUGCUGCUGUGGAAGUGCAGAGUCUUAACCACUGAACCACCAGAAGCCUGAAAAAUGAAGCCUAAAAUGAAGUAUUCAACCACCAAAAUUUCCCUAGCAAAGAUGAACAGCUCAGCAGGCAAAGCCUUGGUAAAAUCUCCGAAGUUGAGAAAAUCCCAACAGAAGGCUGAAGAAGUUUGCCCCAUGUACUUUAUGCAGCUACGCUCUGGCCUUAAAAUAGAAAAGAAGACCUGUUACUUUAGGAAAGAAACCACCAAAACGCAUUCACCAAGAACAGCUAAAAAGUACAAAGAGCAACAUCUGGUAUUCGCUGCCUGUCAGGAGCUGGAACACCUUGGACAGUCUGUGAAGAGCUUCACCUUCGAUAAAACUAGGGUCCAGAAAUAUACUACAGCAACUGGUCUUCCAAGUAUCAAAGAACAUUCUGCUUCCCUGAGUACAUACAACGAUCAAUACAUUACUUUUGUUUUCGAGGAUGGAAAUUAUGAGAUCUAUGUUGAUGACUUAGGAAAAGACCAAGAGAAAGACAAGGUGUUACUUCGUUACUAUGAUUCCCAAUUCCCCUCAAGUGAAACAGAUGGUGGUGGUGAUCAUCGGAAGUUAAUGGUAAACUUGAGCCCCACAAAAGACAAAGACUUCUUGCUGCAUGCCAACAGUAAGGAGCAUUCUGUGGAGCUACAAAAAUGUGAAAACCAAUUGCCAGAACAGGCUUUCUUUGUCCUUCAUGAGGAGACCUCCCAAUGUGUUUCAUUUGAAUGUAAGAGCAAUCCUGGAGUGUUUCUAGGAGUAAAGGAUAACCACCUAGCUCUAAUUAAACGAGGGGAACACCCUGAGGAUUCAAAUGAAGAGAAUACCAUAUUUAAGCUCUCAAACUUAAUAUGAUGGAAAGCUGCAGAUCUUGGGUUGAGUAGUCCAAACAGCUACCAUUGGAGAAAGGAUGAGCGACAAAGAGACAGAUAACAUGAAGGGAAAUGGAAUGUUUAGUAUG